AUGGCUUGAUGAAGCAAUUGAAGUGUUUGACUUUUCUCUUGAAAAUUAUAACUUGCAAAUUGAACAAAAAACAAUUUAUGUGCUCAUAGACCAUCUUCUCAAUCAUCAGUUCGCAAUCAUGCGGCAGGAGGCACUAAAUAAUCAGAAAGGUGAGGAUCCAAAAUAUUUAAUGCGAGAGAAGGAAAAACCCAGUAAAAAUGUAUUUAAACAUAUUUUUAUGGUAUGGAAUAAAAUACGUAAAAGUGGGGUUGAGCCUGAUGCAUCGAGCUAUGGACGCAUGUUGUUUGGCAUUGCUUGGAAAGAUCCUUUUCAUGCCAAAUACAUUCUAUUGAAUAUGAUAGCGGCUGGUCAUAAACCGAUACAAAGAGAUCUCGACAGAGUUAUUAAUAAUCUUAUAGGCUCGGGAUCCUUCCUAGAUUACAAAGACGUUUUGGAAGCGGUAAAGAGUGUCAAUAUGCUUCCUUCUGCGAAAGUUUUGGGCAACCUUGUUCACGAAUCAACAAGAUUCAAAAAACUUGAAUUUCUCAACUUGUUUUAUAAGGAAAUGGUGAAAUCGGAAUCUUAUCCAAUUGAUCCUGCUUCUGAAAGUUAUCUCGACCUUAUCAAUGAAUCAAUCGCCAAGGAUCAAAUUCAUCAGGCACUAAAUUUAUAUAAUAUAAUGAGGAGCGAAGGAUUAUGUCCCCACCCUGUUGUUACUCUUACUGUGUUUGAAGGCUUAUAUACCAAGAAAAGUAUGCUUGUAGCUGCAAGAGAACUUGCUGAAACGUUCCCACGAAGUAAUAUGCCUAAAUUACCAGAAAUAUUACAUUACAUCGUAGCAGGGUUUGUCUGGCAUGGUAAAAGAUAUGUAGCCUAUCGAAUGACUAAAUUAUUUCUGCAGCAAAAGAUAAUGCCCUUGAGAUACACAAUAGACGUAAUAGGAAAUGCUUAUCUAGACCGAAAUAUGCCAUAUCGUGCCGAGCCUUACUUUGCAUCUUUGCUCCGUGCUAAAAAUCAAGAGCCACAAGCUGAACAAAUUGCCAGACUCAUGACCAGUCUAUAUCAUCGCAAAGAUUACAUACGCUUGACUCGCUGGCUUCCAAGAUUAGAAGCAAUUCCAGGCGUAAGAGAGAAUGCUGUGUCAAUGUUAGCCCUUUUGCUGGGACAUACGUUAGUUGGAACGAGUGAGGAUAUAAUGAAAGCGUGGAACGAUCUAAUAUAUCUACCAUGCCCAAAUAAGAAAUUAAGAGUAGCUGUCGUCGCUAUUUGUAAUGGACUUUCUCGACUCGAUGAUUUAGAUGCGCUUAAAAAGCAAUGGGAUAUCUUUAGGAAAUCUCAAACACUUCGAUUAGACGAGCAGCAAUAUAGGCAUUAUAUUUCGAUUUUGUGUGAUGAAUUUAACGAUCCGGAUGAAGCGAUGCGAGUAUUAGUGGAACAUAUGUCAGAAAAGAAUGUUCCCCCAGCAGAAGAAACAAUCCAAGUUAUUGCGCUAAAUUUGAAAAAUGACGGACGACCUCAUAGAGAGAUUUUGGAAAUAAUGGAACCCGUGAGAGAGGCGUGGCCUCUUGAGUAUAAUAAGUGGUUAAAUUGGCAAAUAACUCAUUUAGACAAAUUAUAA